AUGCAGGCCCCAGACGGCGGCGACGACGGCGGCGGCGGCGGCGAGGCCGGUGCGGCGGGCGGAGCGGGCGGAGCCGGGGGCCAGGACCGCCAGCCUAGCCCCGGAGCUCCUGGUUGCCAGGGGCGCUCCGGCAGCCCUGAGGGCGAUGGUGGCCCCGGCGGCGGCGGCGGCGGCGGCGGCGGCGAGAGAGCAGAGGCCGAGGAGGCCGGUGAUCCUCCUCAGGCCCGGCAGGCACCGCAGGCCCUGUGGCCUGGUGGGGAUGCGGCGCCUGUAGCUGUGGCAGCGGCAGGCCGACUGCUGGAGUUGUAUCCUUUCCACGGAGCGUCCCUGGGCGGGGGCCGCGGUGCGGUGGCCGGGGAGCGCGGUGGCAGCGGGGGCGAGGGGCCCG